AUGGUGUUCUCGUCCGCUGCUACACCUGCUAAUAUGAAAAAAUGCCUAAAAUGUUUAGUGGAUGCAGCAAGGAGUUCUUCUGGUGUCAUACUUAACACCUUCCGAGACCUUGAGAAUUCUGAUCUUGAAAAGAUUGCCAAUGGCAUCACAGUUCCAAUAUAUCCUAUUGGGCCACUGCACAAGAUUUCUUCAGGCACUGAUGACAGCUUGUUAGCACAAGAUUGGGCUUGUUUAGAGUGGUUGGACAAGCAAGAGGUAGACUCUGUUCUUUAUGUAAGCUUUGGGAGCUUGGCAUGUAUAGAUGAAAAGGAACUGUUGGAGAUAGCAUGGGGCUUGGCCAACAGUCAAGUGCCAUUUCUGUGGGUUAUUCGUCAUAACUUGGUCAAAUCCUCCUCUAAUGACGUGAGCCUUCCUGAUGGCUUUAAGGAGGAGACACAUGGAAGGGGAAUGGUGGUGCCAUGGGUUCCACAACAAGAAGUUUUAAGACACCAUGCAAUUGGUGGAUUUUGGACUCAUAAUGGAUGGAACUCAACUCUAGAGAGCAUUUGUGAAGGUGUCCCGAUGAUAUGUAGACCCCAAUUUGCUGAUCAGAUGAUAAAUAUGAGGUACGUCCAAGACGUGUGGAAGAUAGGGUUUGAGCUAGAUGGUGACUUAGAGAGGGGGAAGAUCGAGAGGGCUGUUACAAAGUUACUUUGUAUGGAAGAAGGAAGGCAUAUGAGACAGAGGGCCAAGGAUUUAAGGAACAAAGCCAUUAAGUGCAUCAAGGAAGAAGGCACCUCUAAGUCUGCAAUUGAGCUAUUGGUAAAUCACAUAAUGUCAUUUUAG